GCUCAGACCACAACUUCCCCUCUGAGCUGUAAAGCUGGGUAUGCAGUAGUCGAAGUCUUUAGCGGAAAAAAAAAAACGCACCAAGCAGUCGUGUUUGCUCGCUGUUCAAGGAGCUGAUUAUCCGUGUCGAGCCUGUGUUAUCAUGGCUGGGUGGUGCAGGAACCAAAUGCUGGUGGCCAUUCCUCUGUGGAUGUGUUUUGGGAGAGCCGCGGCUCUUGCUGAGCCUCAGAUCUGUUAUAUCCUGGAUGGCAUCCUGUUUCUGUACGGCAUCAUCCUGACAGCUCUCUACUGCAAAGUCAAGAUCUCCAAUGCUAAAGAGGCCGCUGGGAAAGGAAAGCCGAAGGGGAAUGUUGAAGAGGGCAUAUAUACGGGUCUCACUCCUCAUGCAACGGACACAUAUGAAACAAUCGGCAUGAAGAAGUGAUGUGACGAAUGACUUCUUUCUCUCUUUGUAAUUAAAUGUUGCACAUCAUACUCAGCUUAGAUCUUCAAGAAUGUAUCAGAUUUUGUACAUCACGGGUUAUUUCCCUUUUGCUUUUAGAGAUUCUAGAGGAAGUUUGGAAGGAGUCACAAACAGGGAAGUUGAGGCCAGAAAGGGGAGAUUGCGAGAAAUGCUUU